AUGAAGAAAGGAUUAGCUUAUAUUAUCAUUUUUUUCUUCAUAAUUUAAUAUACCGAAUAGAAUUGCAUAAGAUAAUUCAAAUAAUAACAAACAAUAUUGAAGGGUAAUCACAAAAAUGUACUAUAAUUAUAACAAGGAUCAUUGCUAUCAUCAAAAAAAAUAAAUAUUUUAAAUUUUGGGAAUAAUGGUUCUAUUUUCAAAGAUAAUCCGUAUACAAUAAUGACAAAUGGAGUAGAUUUCAAUUAUUGUCAUAUAGGCUCAUAUAUUUCGAUAGCAUUAAUGUAAAAAUAUUUAUUGAACAAAUUAAAAAUUUGGCUGUGGGAAUAUGACUAUCUUUUCUAACAGUAAUUCAGAAAUUAUGAUAUUAUCAUUUAUGCCAUAUUAAAUAACAAAAAAACAAAGAUUUAUGAAAGCAAAUACGCUAAUUGCAUAAUAACAAUAGAAUUUUCUGAUUAGUUUGUUGAAGAAUUUUAAGUAUUGAAUGUAGGAGGAAAUACAAUCAAUCUGGGUUUACAUAUCAUAAAAGCUGUAGCUUAUUAUAAAUAUUCAUGA